ACACACACGUAGUUCGGGCUUGAUUUGUGUAAUUCUUAUUACUUUUUUUUUUCUGUGCGAUUUUACUAUUAUUUUAACCAAAGCAAUUAGCACAAUUUACUCGGGGUGCUCGUGAUACGUGCUUUAAAUCUGUGAAUUAGUGUUAAAUUAGUGCCGGAAGUUACCACCAACCAGGAUGUUCCGAGUGGGCCAAAUCGUGAUCCGCAAUGGCCAAAAGGUGAAAGCCAUUGAACUUCGAAGAUGCCUCUCGGCGGCGCCGCAGGCCAAACGCGCCGACACCCAGGCGUCGGCGGCCGACAAGAAGCCCAACAUGUCCUUCCUGACCAACAUCUUCCGCGGCGAGGUGCAGCCGGCCCAGAUCUUCCCCUACCCGGACGUGCUGGACGCCGAGCAGAAGGAGUUCACCUCGGCCCUCGUGGAUCCUGUUAACAAGUUUUUCGAGGAAGUUAACGAUCCGGUCAAGAACGACGCCACCGCCAACCUGGACGAGAACACGCUGAACGCGCUCUGGGAGCUGGGUGCGUUCUCGUUGCAGGUCCCACCGGAGCUCGGCGGGUUGGGCCUGAACAACACGCAGUACUCGCGCAUGUGCGACAUCAUCGGCGGGCAGGAUCUGGGGCUGGGCAUCUGCAUCGGGGCGCAUCAAAGUAUUGGCUUCAAGGGAAUUCUGCUGUACGGCACGAAGGCGCAGAAGGAAAAGUACCUGCCGCAGGUGUCUACGGGCCGGGUGUACGCGGCCUUUGCCCUGACGGAACCCAGCUCCGGAUCGGACGCCGGAUCGAUUCGGUGCCGCGCGGUCAAGUCGGCCGACGGCAAGCACUACGUGCUGAACGGGUCCAAGAUCUGGAUUUCGAACGGUGGAAUUGCGGACAUUUUUACGGUGUUUGCGCAGACGGAGGUUGUCGAUGCCAAGACCGGCCAGAAGCGCGACAAGGUGACGGCGUUCAUUGUGGAGCGUGGAUUUGGCGGGGUCAGCAACGGUCCGCCGGAGAACAAGAUGGGCAUCAAGUGCUCGAACACAGCUGAGGUUUACUUUGAGGAUUGCAAGAUCCCGGCGGAAAACGUGCUCGGGCAGGAGGGCGAUGGUUUCAAGGUGGCCAUGAACAUCUUGAACAACGGUCGGUUCGGAAUGUCGGCGACGCUUUCGGGCACGAUGCGUGCUUGUAUUCAGAAGGCCGCUGAGCAUGCCACGAACCGGGUUCAGUUUGGACGGAAGCUGGAAACGUACGGUGGAAUCCAGGAGAAGUUGGCCCGCAUGGCCAUGCAUCACUACGCGACCCAAUCAAUGGCGUACAUGAUCUCCGGCAACAUGGACUCGGGAUCCGUGGAUUACCAUCUGGAGGCGGCCAUCUCGAAGGUGUUUGCUUCGGAAUCGGCCUGGUAUGUGUGCGACGAAGCCAUCCAGAUCCUCGGCGGCAUGGGCUUCAUGAAGGACACCGGCCUUGAGCGCGUCAUGCGAGACCUGCGAAUCUUCAGAAUCUUCGAGGGUACCAACGACAUCCUGCGACUGUUUGUCGCCCUCACCGGAAUCCAGUACGCCGGUGGCCACCUCAAAGAACUGCAAAAAGCCUUCAAGAACCCCGCCGCCAACCUCGGACUCAUCUUCAAGGAAGGCUCCCGCCGGGCUGCCCGCAGCAUGGGCAUGGGUGGAACCGACCUGACCCCGUUCGUCGCUGACCAGCUCAAGGACGCCGCCCGCCAGUGCUCCGAAAGCAUCGACCUCUUCGGCCAGGCCGUCGAAUCCCUCCUGAUCAAGCACGGCAAGGGCAUCGUCGAGGAGCAGUACAUGCUGAACCGCCUAGCGGACGCCGCGAUCGACACCUACGCGAUGGCCGUCGUCCUCUCGCGGGCUUCCCGUUCCGUCAAGCAGGACCUGCCCACUGCCGAGCACGAAAUCCAGAUGGCCCAAGCCUGGUGCCACGAGGCGGCCGACCGGGUGCGCGUCAACAUCCGCAAGAUCAACACGGACGCGUUCGCCAAGAACUACGGCCGGAUGUCGCACAUUGCGAAGACGGUUUGUGCCAAGAAUGGUAUCGCCGUAACCAAUCCGCUCGGCGUUGAAUAAACAGCGAACGAAACAGGCGAAAUUGCGUUUGCGACGAACGAUUCACAAUGAUUUUCUAACGAAAGUUUCUAUUAGGGAGUCCGCGAGAGAGUGAGAGAGAGAUUGAGAGGUUUUGAGGGCAUUCCGCGACUUAAUUGGGAAUGCACAAACAGAGGGUAAGGGAAGAUAGUUAGCCAAUUUCAUGUAGAUCAUCACCCACUAAACGUAUGGUUUUACCAAUUGACAUUCUAGCUGUAAUGAGUUCCGUACCACCUAUUUUAUUUUGUUUUUGUAAAUAUACAGUCGUAAGAAACGAAAAUUGCUUUAUAGAACUGAAUAAAUUGGAUUAUGUUUGUAUGUA